AUGAAACAGAAGCAUUUCUCUACCUUGUCCUCGCCCAACAUUUCAUAUUACCAGGCCCAAUUAAGGACGCACGUCCAGCUGGCUGGUUUCUUGUCUGCUCGUCAGUCUCGCUCCCCGUACGAGCUCUCUUUGGAUCGAGGUGUCACCCUUGAUUAUAACUGUUGCUGUGUCAACUUCAAGGAAAGCCCAGCCACGCAUGUGCCGAUUUGA